GGCUUUGUAGAAAAUGCCAGCUUCACCUGAGCUUGUAACAGGCACCCCAGAGCCCGAUGUGACAAAGAGGGUUGCUUUGGAGGUUGCUGAUAUUGUUGUGGUUGUGGUCUACUUUGUGUUAGUAUUGGCAGUUGGAAUAUGGUCCUCAGUCAGAGCCAACAGAGGGACAGUGGGAGGAUAUUUCUUAGCAGGACGGUCCAUGACAUGGUGGCCGAUUGGUGCCUCUUUGAUGUCCAGUAAUGUAGGAAGUGGUCUGUUCAUUGGAUUAGCAGGAACUGGGGCUGCAGGUGGACUCUCAGUCGGGGCAUUUGAGUGGAAUGCAGCAUGGGUCCUCAUUGCCUUGGGCUGGAUUUUUGUGCCUGUGUAUAUUUCUGCUGGUGUGGUCACAAUGCCCGAAUAUCUGAGGAAGAGGUUUGGAGGUCAGCGCAUCAGAAUCUACAUGAGUGUACUGUCUCUCAUCCUCUACAUCUUCACCAAGAUAUCAUCAGACAUUUUUUCAGGGGCCCUGUUUAUCCAAGUGUCCCUUGGAUGGGACCUGUAUCUGUCCACUGUCAUGCUGCUAGCCGUCACUGCACUCUAUACUAUAGCUGGUGGGCUGACAGCAGUAAUCUACACUGAUGCCUUACAGACUGUCAUCAUGGUAAUAGGGGCAUUUGUCCUCAUGUUCAUAGCAUUUGACAAAGUGGGAUGGUACGAGGGUUUGCUGGUUCAGUAUGAGAAAGCUAUACCUGCUCUCACGGUUCCUAACACCACGUGUCACCUUCCUCGGGCCGAUGCCUUUCAUAUUUUUAGAGAUCCGCUGACAGGAGACCUUCCCUGGCCCGGCCUUAUCUUUGGGCUCACGGUUCUGGCCACAUGGGUGUGGUGCACAGACCAGGUGAUAGUGCAAAGGUCCCUGUCUGCCAAAAACUUGUCCCAUGCUAAAGGUGGUUCGGUACUCGGUGGUUACCUCAAGGUGCUGCCUAUGUUCUUCAUUGUUAUGCCAGGGAUGAUCAGCAGAGCACUCUACCCAGAUGAGGUGGGCUGUGUGGAUCCUGACGAGUGCCUGAACAUCUGUGGGGCCAGUGUAGGCUGUUCUAACAUUGCCUACCCAAAGUUAGUUGUGGAACUUAUGCCAGUAGGUUUGAGAGGUCUGAUGAUCGCUGUAAUGAUGGCAGCGCUCAUGUCCUCGCUAACUUCUGUAUUCAACAGUAGCAGCACUCUGUUCACCAUGGACAUAUGGCAACGCAUCCGGCCUCGGGCUUCUGAGAGAGAACUCAUGGUGGUGGGCAGGGUGUUCAUUUUAUUGCUAGUGGCCCUGAGCAUUGUGUGGAUUCCAAUCAUUCAAACAGCCAAUAGUGGACAGCUGUUCGAUUACAUCCAGGCCAUCACUAGCUACCUGGCACCUCCAAUUACCACAGUGUUCAUUAUGGCCAUCUUCUGGGGACGGGUAAAUGAACAGGGAGCUUUUUGGGGUCUGAUGGUUGGACUAGUGGUGGGCACAGUAAGGAUGGUAAUGGAAUUUGUGUAUGGCACCCCAUCAUGUGGAGAGAAGGACCUGCGUCCUGCUCUAUUGAAAGAUGUGCAUUACCUGUAUUUUGCUCUUAUACUACUUGGACUGACAGCUGUCAUCAUCACAGCUAUCAGCCUCUGCACUGCUCCAAUUCCAGAGCAACAUCUUGUUCGUCUGACCUGGUGGACUAGACACAGCAAGGAGGAGCGUGUUGAGCUGGAAGACCCCUGGGCCAGAGAGUCCAAACCCAAUAGUACUGAGCCCAGCACUACAGAAUCAGAGGAGUCAGCUGAGGACACUCCUGCAUGGUGGAAGCGUGCUGGAAUGUGGCUCUGUGGCCUCUCCCGUGUAGCAACACCAGUGAUGAGUGAGGAGGAACAGCAGGCUCUGGAAAAGAAACUCACCAGUAUUGAGGAACACCACACCUGGAAGACUGUCUGUAAUGUCAAUGCCCUUAUUUUACUCACUGUCAAUGUCUUCCUUUGGGGGUACUUUGCUUGAAUGUGCAAUAUAGUUCUGAAUGCCAGAUUUGUUUUGUUUAAAAAAAAAAAACCUAUGAAAUGGCUUGACAAACACAGUUUUCUUUCCUGUAAUGAUGGAAAUUAUUUCUUAUUGAAACAGAAGAUGGGGUGGGACACAUUGAAGGGCUCUUUAUGAAAAUUAAGAAAAAAAGCAAUAGAAAAAAAUGUAAAUUUUUUUUUUAACAAAUUAAGUUACAACUGUAAACCAUUUUCUGCUUGAAAUAGCUAGUCAGAGGCAAGGGGGAGGGACAUUCACAUUUAUUGGGCAGAAAUUUGGAUAUGCCCAUGAGUGCAAGAAGAGUCAUCUAUAGUUUUGGUUUAUUUCCUUUGAAGAGAGAACAACUAUAAAUUGUAAAAGCAUAUAUCUGCUAAAAGUUAAUUAUAUACAGUAGGCCUAUAUAACCAAUAUAAAUGGACUAAAAGCCAGUUUAUUCCAUUGGGUCUUUUAGAGUUUACCAGUCUUGAGGGGGGAAAACACACCUGGAUUAAUGUUUUUAUUGUGCUUACUGACUGUCAUUGUCUUUCUUUGGGGUAACUUUGCUUGAAUGUUCAAUAAAAUUUUUAAUCACA